AUGGAUAGAGCGGAACAAAUGGAGCAAACCGAGAACUGCAUAGCUUUUACCGAAGGGAAAAUUUUCGAGUUUUUAGAUUUCGACAAUGACGGGUUUGUGUCCGUCGGCGACUUGAAUAUCUUCCCUAAAAAUUUGAUACGAGACGGGAAAAUUGAAGACGGUAAGCGUCUGAGUGCGCUUUACAAGGAGCUCUAUGUACGAAUCUGUCGGGGAGCCGGAUAUCCGGCUGAGCAGGCGUCUCUGACAAAGGAGGACUGGAUCCGAGGUAAAUUGGUUAUUAAGAACACAGAAUGGCUUCAGAGAGAAUUUAUGCCUGGAAUUGUUGACAUCUACUUUUCGACAGUCGAUCUAAACCAGGACGGGAGGAUAGGGCUCAGAGAGUGGGAACACUUCUAUCGAAGCCGUGGUAUCGAGGAUAAAGCCUUCUGUGUCCGAACCUUUCAGCAGAUGGAUACAAAUGGAGAUGGAGUAAUCUCCCCUGAUGAGUUUAAAAACGUCUUCGCUCAAAUGGGCAAGGGAAACAACAACUACAGCUUUCUAUAUGCCAGGAAAUAA